AUGGCGACGUCGUCGUCGUACCCGCCGCCGCCGCCGUUCUACCGGCUCUACGCCGACUACCAAGAGGAUGCAAAGUCAGCGCCGGAGCCGCCGCCGCCGGUUCAGGGCGCCUACCCGCUCUUCGGCGCCAACUACACUGUGCGUUCGAUGGCCCUCUCGCAUUCUUUGUCUCUACCCUCCCUCCCACUCCUCUAGGGUUUUUUAUUUCUUCUUUUUUUUCUUCUUCUCCCUUCGUCUCUGCUUCUUCGUAGGAACAUCGCCUCUCCGUCGGCAUUUGAUUUGGCCCUCGAUCUUGAUGGUGACUGAUAAAAUUGCGGAUGAUUCAGACGGAGGACGUGCUCCCUACCUUGGAGGAUCAGGGCGUCCGUCAGCUGUACCCCAAAGGCCCCAACAUCGGUACGAACUCCGACUUUAGGGUUCUGCUACUGUAUGUGGGAGAUUUUUAUGAACUGAGGGUGAUUACGUGAAUGGUAGCUUCUUGCUGCCCCUUGGUUGAUCGAUUUUGCUUCUCUUUUCUUUUUUUAAAGAAUAAAUUGUCAUAAAAAUCAUGAGUGGCACGGUGCUUCUUUUAUGUUGCCAUUAUCGGCGGAAGACUACAAGAAGGAGCUGAAGGCGUUGAAUCGUGACCUACAGCUUCACCUUCUGGAGCUCGCAGAUGUCCUGGUCGAACGCCCGUCUCAGUACGCCCGCCGUGUGGAGGACAUCUCACUCAUCUUUAAGAACCUCCAUCACCUCCUCAACUCUCUUCGCCCCCACCAGGUAUUCUGAUCUCUGUGCUCAGAUUUGAUGGGGUCGGCCCUCCCUUCCACUCGAAUUUCUUUGACUGAUCUCGGAAGGCCUCAGAUUUCCAGAUAAAUCUUUGAUUAAAUCUCGACUUGAAUCUUUCUUUCCCUCUCUCUCUUCUUGGUAGGCCAGGGCCACGUUGAUUCACAUUCUGGAGCUCCAGAUACAACGCCGCCGCCAGGCCGUGGAAGACAUAAAGAGGUGACGCUCCUCCCGCCAAAUCUCUACAUCUCUACUCAUCACCAGAUGGAUGUUGGUUUGGUAGAGCAUGCAUGCCUUUAAAGAUGCAGAUGCUCGUGUUCUCCGUCUUUUCUCUUCUGGAUCACUCGAACGGAUCUGACUGCUUACGACGGUUUCUCCUGCGCAUUCAUUGUCCUCAAGAUUACUGUAUGGGUUGGAUUCUAGGCGGGAACGCAAGUGAUUACACUGUCUGGGCAAGGAAUGAGACCAAAAUAUUGAUCACUAAUUAUGGGUCUUAAUUGAAUGAUGAACUGAUUUAUUGGGGCUCGCGUACUAGUUGACUAUGCUUACAGGUUUCAUAUGAGGAAGCUGUUCAUGGUGAUUGAUAUGUGCAAUAUUUGAGUUUCACAUUCUUAUUAUCCCUCGUAAAGCAUGCGAACUCUCUGCUCAUUGCACAUGCUAGCUGUUCAUGCUAACUCUUUUAGCGAGGGAUGAGAGGAAAAUAUGUAUAUUGAGAAGUACGCAAAAUAAAAAAAAUAGUGAUUGGUUGAAGCGUUUUAGCCCCCAAUAAAGCAGAAUAAUUGACUACACUUGAGUUAGUUUGUGUAAUGAGGAAAUAUAUAUGACACAUUAUCUAUUAAUGCAGAAGGCUAUCUUUCUCCAAAUAUGUAUGGACAUUAACUAUCUUUCUCCAAUCGCUUUCGCUCUUCUCCAGGAGGAGGGAGGAGGCACAAAGGCUCCUCAAGGAAUCACUCCAAAUCCUAGACGGCCAUCCCAAUUGA